AUGUUGCCAAGGAAAAGGAGUAUGUUAUUUACGCUCACAAUACUGGCGUGUGUGAAGUAUUCUGAGGAGUACAGCUCCGGAGCUCCGUCUAUUGCCUGCAUAGAUCAGACGCCACGCCAUGAGACAAUCCAGCCCCAAUCUUCUACUCCACCAUACUUAAUCCAGACAUCAGCAGCUCAAGUACGCCAAGGAGAUAUCUUGAACGUGACUGUAGGAAGCCCUUCAGGUGCACCUUUGCCCAUCGGUGGGUUUAUUAUGCAGGCCAGGCAAAUACAGAAUCCAGAUAUAAUAGUGGGCAAGUUCGUUGGACUCCCAGACUCUUCAUUGGUGCACAUGACGACAUGUACGAGUCCAAAUGAUACAGUUACUCACUCCUCGCCAGAAGACAAACCCGCCAUGACCUUCCAGUGGCUAGCCCCUGCCGAUUUCCUUGGAGGAAUUGAGUUCAGAGCAACAGUGGCACAAAGCUAUGCUACCUUCUGGUUGAACGUGGAGUCACCACUAGUAGAAGUAGUCACCCCAGACACGAUGAUCAGUCCUCCACCACCCGCGGUGCCAUCCAGAACCGCCACUACGGUAGCUCCACCCGUUAUUUUGGAGAGUAAGCCAAAAAUGGAAGCCGCUGCCCUCGACAUUAUUUAUCAAGGGUGUGCUGACACUAAAUUGUGUUUCGGAGUUCCACAAAACUGUAUCGCUAGAGGCGACUGCAAGGCUAUUGUGGCAGUCUUUGUUGCUGGUGACAAAUACACAUUUGAACUUCAAGCACCAGGCAACCCUAAGUACGUAGCCACGGGUUUGAGCAUGGACAACAAAAUGGGAGAUGACAGUGCUAUGGAAUGUGUCAGAAAUGAUAAUGGAGGAGUAAACCUCUUUACUUCAUGGACUUAUCCGAAGAUCGAACCGUAUGUCAGCCGAUCAGACUCUCCCCAGGACAUAGUACAGCUCUUGGAGUCUUCGAUCAUUGAUGGGAAACUGUACUGCAAGUUUAGUAGGAACACGGUGUCAAUGGUGAAAGGACAGACCUUCGAUUUGGCGAAUAAUAUGUAUAAUUUGAUGGUGGUAGCUGGCAGCUCAAUGAAAGAUGCGAGCCGAGUGGGGUUCCACGACGUGGCGUACGAGGCGACGGGCGCGGCGCAGGCGCUGGCGGCGGUGGGCACCGCGGCGGGCGGCUCCAAGCUGCUGCUCAAGCUGCACGGCUGCUGCAUGCUGCUCGCCUGGCUCGGCACCGCCUCGCUCGGCUUGCUGCUCGCCAGAUACUUCAGGCAAACUUGGGUCGGCAAGCAACUAGGCGGAAAAGACAUUUGGUUCGCUUACCAUCGUAUAUUCAUGGUGUCGACAUUGGUGUUGACAGUUAUCGGCUUUAUACUAAUUCUCAUUGAAGUCGGAGGAUGGUCUACUACGGGGAGCAACCCACACGCCAUCACCGGACUUGUCACUAUCAUACUAUGCUUCUUACAACCCAUUGGUGCGUACUUCAGGCCACACCCAGGCACUGAGUACCGACCCAUCUUCAACUGGCUCCACUGGGGAGCCGGGAAUGCCGCUCAUAUACUUGGAAUCCUGACGGUUUUCUUUGCGGUGUAUCUACAAAAGGCAGAGCUGCCAUCUUGGACUGUGUUUAUUCUGGCCGCUUUCGUAGCCUUCCACGUGAUCAUGCAUUUAGUACUGUCGCUGACGGUGUGCGUGUCGGACGGGCGCAUCAGCAACGGGCGCAUCAACGCGUUCCCCAUGAAGGACAUGCUCGGCCACGCGCGACAGGCCACGCAGGUCGACCGCACCACCGACGCGCCGUUUUCAAGUUUCCGUCGGCUCCUGCUAGGUGUGUACGCGCCGAUCAUCCUGCUGUUUUGCAUCGCCAUGAUUUGCCUCGUUGCGCUUGCGCCGAUCGCGGAGACAUACGAUACUAUCUUAGGCUCUUAA